AUGCCGAUAUUCAAUGAGACACAGCUAAUUGCCGAGCACGCAGAUCGCUUCUCACCACUGAUCAAAGUGGCAUUGCCACGCAAAACGUCCAUCGAUGCAGUGCACCCGAAAGAUGCGUUUGCGCGCACAGUCAAUCGCCUCGAUCUGCCAGCACCGAAGUCCUUUGCUUGCGACACGCAGGAGGAUCUGGACGACGCGGCUAAUGCCCUUUCCUUUCCCUGCAUCAUCAAGCCUGCCGACGGCGUCGGAGGGCGUGGCAUCAGUAAGGUCGACUCGGUGGAAGAGCUGGGCCGGCAUUGGCAGACCUUGAAAGAUGAGUUUCCUGGUGCACCGGUGGUUCAAGCUCUGAGCGAGGGCGAUGAUUAUUGCUACUGCUUCCUCGCCCAGGAUGGCGAGAUCGUUGCCGAUAUGGCCUACCGCAAUCUGAUGAGCUACCCAGCUGAAUAUGGCGCGGGCGUGGUUCGCCAAACCAUAGAUCAUGCGCCAUUCCAAGAAGCUGCCCGAACGCUGGUCGGUGACGCGGGAUGGACGGGUGUCGGCCAAAUCGACUUCAUGUGGACGGGCAAGCCCGAUGAGACCCCACAGAUGAUCGAACUUAAUCCACGAUUCUGGGCAAAUCUCGAUCACUCGAUCAGUUCAGGGGUCGAUUUUCCAUGGAUGCUGUAUGAGCAAACAGUCUCAGGGACCGUGAGCGACAUGCCGCGCCCGGAGAUCGGCCAUCAAUCCAAGCUGCCUGGCCUUUGGUUGCUGGCAGCCCUGGAAAAAGCCAAGUCCGACACCAACGCAGCAGCGCUUUCUGAAAACAACGCUGCUCUGUUGGAGAAACUGAAGUCCGGUAACAUCGCAGAUGCGCUCAAAGCUUUUGCCAGCAACCCCAACACCGGGCUUGGCUUGCGCCAAUCUUUUCAAGCGCUGAAAAAGCACUUAGCCGAUGUUGAAGCCGUUGAAACUGCGGGUCUUGAGGAUGAUGACCCCUUGAUUGGGCUUGGCAUUCUUUUCGUGUUGGGGUCGCUAUUGGAACAUGGCGAGCUGCCGCCAGAGCUCAAAGCAUGA